GGGGAUCCUGGAUGGGCGAGGACAUGGGAGGAGAGGGCGAAAAGGGCUCUGACGUGUGGGAGUCUGGGUAUUGUAGGCGUAGGCCGGGGAAAGGUGGGUUAGGAGUGAGUAUCGACGUAACUGGAAUCUUCUUACUGCUAUUCUUUGUCUUUGACUACAUCUCCUUCAAUCCAUUGAGUCUUUUCGGUUUACAUACUUUCCUCAACUCCUAUUGUCUCAUCUCGCCUCAUCAUACUUCCAACACAUCUCCAUCUUAUAUCGAACAAUCUAUCUCUGUUAUCCACAUCCUACAUCCCUCCAUACUCGAGAAGCCAUCUUCUAGACUCCUCGUCACUUCUUCCCUAAAGAACGACCAAUCUAACCUCGCCCCUCCCUCCACCACCCACAAUGGCCGAAGUACAACAAGAACAACAAGUCGACCAGCGCGACCCCAACAAGCCCUCCGAGCGCACCACGAUGCAGCAGCAAAAAGCCGAAAAUGCCCUCGCCCAAGAACGCCGCGAAUCCGGCCAGCAGUCCGCGCGCUCCCGCUCCGCGUCGCGGCGCGCCCGCCGCCAACGCCUCCAGAAAGCCAUCGACGACGGCCGCUACAUGAAGACUACGCCCCUCGACGCCCUCGAGGAGGCCGACGCCAGCGGCGAGCUAAACCAGAUGCAGGACUUUGAGCGGAUCGGGCCCGCGAGCACGUCGAUGGACGGGCCGGUGUCCAAGGCGCGCGCGAUGCGGGGGGAGAUCCCGAUGCGGGGGACGGAUCCGAAUCAAGCGACGCAGGAGGAGCAGAAAGGGAAGGGGGGCGGAUUAGAGGAUGCGGAUGGGUUAAAGUUGCGGUUGGAUGUGAAUUUGGAUAUCGAGAUUGAGUUGAAGGCGAGCAUUCGGGGUGAUUUGACGUUGAGUUUGCUGUCUUAAUCCAGUGCUUGAGCCGAACCGCAGUUUUGUUCCGAGUAUUACGAAUCGAAAGGGAUCGACACACAUUUCCCCCCGUCUUGGAGUUGGUGCAAAAUUCUAUGUUGAGAUGACUGAAUUGUUAUGAAUCUUUGGGAUACUCUUUUGG